ACCAGAAAGUCUCCAAAAACACCAGAAAGUCUCCAAAAGUCUCCAAAAACACCAGAAAGUCUCCAAAAGUCUCCAAAACACCAGAAAGUCUCCAAAAACACCAGAAAGUCUCCAAAAACACUAGAAAAAGUCGCUAGAUUUUUCGCUAGUAGCUUUUGUCACCAAGAGGGUUUGGAAAGUCGCUAGAUUUAGCGAGUGUUUGCUUUCAACUUCUGGUAAAGGUUUGUCUUUGAGUUUCAAGUUAAUUUUAUUUUCAGAUAUAACGUGACUUUUGAGGUCGCUCAACGUUGGUACUGGUGGCUUUAUUUUGAAACUAUUACCGGAACUUGUGUUUUUAUGGCUAACUUGACGGAUCGGUGUACGUGAAAGUGAAAGUAAAAUAAACCCAGAGUAAAGGGGAAAAACAGAUAAUCUAAACUCGUGUUUUGUUCGUACGAUAGCAGCAAAGAGUACCUGACAGCAAAGGAAAGACAUACAAUCAUGACUUACAGAAGUAAGUCAAUCUACAAGCUGUCCCUGGUUGCUGUUAUCUGCUUCAUCAAAGCCAGCAGCAGCAGCUGUCCAGUGUUGGAGUGCUGGUUUGUGCAGGAGAAAGCGGGUCGAGGAGGAGGUUUAGCUGCAGCUACAAGCCAGGAAAAAUCUCUGCUUCACAUCAGAACAGACGCCUACAGCCACUCUGCAGAGUCCCAACAGGCUCCAUCUGACAUCAACCCCGACAGAGUUUACUUUAUUACCGACCCAGCUGCCACUCUCUGCCACCGCUCUCUGAACCCUCCAAGAGGCUCUGUCAACAAGCCCCAUUGUGAGAUCAACCCCUUCUUGCCGCAGCCCUCCACCCUCAAAUGGGUUGCUCCACUCACGGACUCCGCCUUAAGCCCCAUAUACCUGCAAGCUGAUUGGUUUUCAACUUCCAUUCAGGGCCUCAACAAACAGCUGGCCAUUUCCACUAUCACGCGUGCUCCAACAGCAGCCCAAGAGCCCAAUGUGAUCCUCAGUGUGACCAGUAAAACCGUCUCAGUGCAGUCCAGACUCGGGGAACCAGUGCUACUGGAUUGUGGCUUCUGGGCCUACCCCCCUUCACCUCUAUCCGGGUCGGGGUUUGCCGUAGAGUGGCGCUACCAAUUCAGAGGCGACGGACGUUUGGUUCUGGCCUACGACGGGAAAACGGACCGCUUGGCUGAUACACAAGAGGAAGGGGCCACACUGGACUUCGAGGGUUUGCACAGGAAAGGAAAUGCGUCUCUGAUCCUGCAGGAGGCUAAAGUGCGCCACUCCGGGAUGUAUAUUUGUACGGUGUAUCUGCCGUACCUUGUGGCUCAGGUGGCGGUGGAGCUUGAGGUUGUAGAACCUCCAUCCCUCUCCAUUUACCCGUCCGCUCUGCCCCUCGCUGUUCACGGCCAGACUUUGACUGUCCAGUGUGAGGCGUCUGGCUUUGCCCCCCUCUCCCUGGAACUGAGCUGGGAGUUUAAAGGCACCGAUGGGAAGUCCAGGCCUCUGGGAUCAGGCAGCGUAACAGGCCACAGGCAGGCCUGGGAUGGAACCUAUAGCCAGAGCACCCGGCUGGAGCUUGACACAACGAAGCUGGACCUGGGCAGAGGAGGGGAGGUCACCUGUGUGGCUGUCCAUCUUGGAGGAACACGACGGGCCAGCGUAACCCUCAAUGUCAUCGGUUUCAGUACUCCCUCCAUUGAGGACUCAAUGGCAAUGGUCGGUGUAGCGCUGGUGCUUUACGGUCUUAUCAAGUUUGUGUCUUGGACCUUCACCAGCUCAGGCUCAGAUGAGGCUGGUCCACAAGAGAAGAAAGACAAGUAAAGAAGAAUGACGUACACUGCUGUUGAAGAUUGAUACUGAACCAACAAACCUGUCUUUUGAUAUCUUGGAUGGGCUUUCAAGAGUGAAUAUCUUCCUGUUCAAGCAGACAUAGUGAUAAAUCUGUAGAAUCUUUUACUUUUAGAGGUUGUUUUUUCCCCACAGAUCCAGAGAGAAACUUGCCUGCUCUCACUGUUUUUCUCAAAUAGUAAUAAUACUUUCUGUUCUGCUGGGAUAUCAGCGAGAACUUUCUGAAAGGGGCUUUUGCUCAGUCUAAACAUGUUUGUUGUGAUAUUUAUUUGACUUUAAAGUGAUAUAGCUGUUCUAUCAUGUUGGCCUCCCACCAUUUACAUACUUUACAUACAUCUAGCCAUGAACACUAGAAAAGGACCAGAAACCUAGAAGAAUUUUAAAUGUGUUGAAAUAUCAGCUUCAAUUUGGAGAUGUUAAUGCUUCCUCUAUGUUUCUAAGGCAAAAAUACUUUUAUCUUUGAGGUAAUAAUGACGUGUGUGUGUGUGUUUUAAGAAAAUGAAAUAUCCAAAAACAUCUUUUGUAAAGGAUCCAGGACGGUAAAAUCAAUAUUAGACUAAACUGUCCAAACCCACGAACUGAAUCCUGUUUUUGUAUAUACAGAAAAUCUAAUGUAUGUAUAUUCUGACGUUUAUGUGUGUUUGUGCGUCAUGGUAAUACUUUCAUCACGUGUUGGUAUAAAUGAUGCUCUAACAGCCUGGGCUAAUGUUAUUGUGAAGGAAAUGGUACACACAAAGCACAUGUGUCUAUUAAAUGGAAACUUCUACAUUUGUUUUAAAAAUUCUAAUUUGAGUUCAUUUAAAGUGAAAUAAAUACAUUUCAUAAAACAUGCUGCCCCCAGUUUAAUGCUUUAUGUCAUGUCUGUUAAGCUCCUGGAUGCCUACAUUUCCCUAAUUAAUGAAUAAAGUAUCUAUGUAUCUAUGCCCA